AGGAGAAGCGCUUGUUAGAAGGCGCUUUAUUCAGCGGUCACAAGGGGGCAAAAAUUGACUUUCAUGGGUGAAUAUUUUUUUCCCCUAUCUGUUUCGUGUUUCACGGGGUUCUGAGACACCCGCCACACCCUUAUGUUACAGAUGGAACUUUAUGAUUUAGUGUACUUGCGAGCGUAACAGUUUGUUGGAUAAUUGCGUUAAUUUCGAAACUAUUUGCAGAAACAACUGAAACGCCAUGGACAGUCCUACCAACGAAGUCCCCCACAACAACGUUAAGCUCCUUGCAUACCAAAAGUCGCCUGUGAAGGAAGGUGCUCCUUUAGCCACCGUAGAAGAGCCACCUCCUACGCCUCCUCCUCCAUUGCCGCCCCCUCCAUUGUCAUUAAGCCCUCCACCAAGACCCACUGAAACUCAUCCCCUCACGAACACCAUACCGGAGGACGGAUCCCACGAUGAUCCAAGUGAAAAUGCAACACUCAACACUAGAUGCACUGAUGAUACAUCUUUAGUUAAAGACAGUUCAAGGCCUAAACCGGUACGUGGCACUACCCACUUACUAAGCAGCCUCUACGCAAAGCUUCUAGUUGCAGCCACUGCUGUUCUAGUCACCACAGAAAUACUACCCAAUAGUGUGCCAUUAUUCUUCUAUCAUGGAUAUUUAUUUACAUUCCUAAUCGGAGUCGCUAUUCUAUGUAUACUUUGCAUUUACAUGAGCCUUAUUCUUCAAAAAUGUCCCGGGCUAGACGAAUUAGAAGAACUGGACCAAGACAAUCCGGAAACAGAAUCCGUUUUACGACGAAAAGCGUAUCCCAUUCCAGAAAUCAGCAUAUUUUUCAGAGUUGGAGCUCUCGUAUUUGGAUUGGGAACUCUCAUUGCUAUUGGACUAGAAAUAGCAACACUAUUUACGAUGGAGAAACCAUGUGUGGAUAAACUUAACUUCGUACAGCCCAUCAUACUUGCUCUCUUCACUUUUAUGCAAAUGCACUUCUUAUCACUAAACUCUCAGAAAGCAAUCCAGAAUCUUGGAUGGUGUCGUCACAUAGUGCUUAUGCACCUGAUGGCUACUAAUAUUGCAGUAUGGCUGCGUCUGAUUGUUUGGGAAACAGCAAAGAGUUGGCUCGAUGAUAGCCAUGCUAACCUAAAUGCUUCUGAUCGUUUCCCUCCAGAGGGUUUUAACAUGUCUGCUCAUGCUGUGUACUCUGAUGGCAGGCAUGAAGUUUAUGUGUCUCCUAAUUGUAUAUGGCUUGAACAUGAAGAUAAAAUGGAAGAUAUUCUUUCGCUCAGGCAGUGUUAUCAAAAUACUACAAUUGGUAUCAUUUGGGACAAAGCACAACCUUUCAUUAUACCAUUCAUAGUGCAGUACUGUUUAGUUGGCGCAUCAGUAAACUAUAUUUUAUGGGAAAGUUUCAGCAACUGCCGAAGAAGAAUUACCAGAAGGGCAAACUCGUGGUCACCAAAAAGGGAAGGAUUGGAAAUACGUGUUGUCACUGAGAAGCAUUCUCGUAAAGUUGACUGCAAGGGAUCAAGUAAAGGCCUAUUUUUGGGUUUAUUGGUGUUGGCUGUAGGCAUUGUUGUCCUCAUUCUGUUCUUUGUUCUAACGAAUAAUCAGAAUCUCAAAGAAGAAACCUUAUUUAUAAUGAUAACAGUUCAUUGCGCCAUUUUGGGUCUCUCCCUCUUAGGCAUACUCUUGGGUUUGUGUCGCGUUGGGUGCAUGUGCACGGAUUAUAGUCGACGCCAAAACCUUCAUAGAGUUCUUCAGAAUAUUGGUGUUUUUGCUGUUUAUAUACACGGUACCUGCUCUUUAGUUGUAGGUUCAACUCACCUCUUGAAUCCCAGGUACUUGGUGGUAUUUAUUGAUGGAGGUUUAAUGAUAAUUCAGUCUCUAGCGCAGUCCAUUCUUUUUCAUAAAGUCGGUCAGAAAUGCUGCUCAGCAAAAUGCAAACAUGAAAGUUCACGUCCUGGUAGACAAAUUGUCACUUUCCUUGCAUUUACUAAUAUAGUGUUAUGGAUUACGGAAUCGUUUACAGACCAUAAUCACGUCUCAAGCCAACUUCAGCUUCAAUUCUUCGGGCUUAUUCCUUGGGGUCUGAUAUCUAGACUGCUACUGCCUGUUGUCAUGUUUUACAGAUUCCAUUCAUCUGUUUUUAUGAUGGAAGCAUGGAAGUCUGGUUAUAGCAUGGAUAACUAAGAUCAUGUCUUAUGCAUUUAUAAGCAUUCCCGCUUUUAUAAAGACUGAAUCUUGUUUAAUCUUGUUAAAUAUUUUAUUCUUAAAAUAACUAAAAUAGAUUUUGCAUUAAAAAAUUGCGCCAGGUUCUAUUGGUUUUGUUGCUAGAGAUGUUUUAUUUCGAAAGACAUUAAUAAGUACAUAUUUGUUUUCAAAAAGUGUAUUACUUUAUCAGAAGUAAAAAUAAAUUAAUUACUUCAUUGAAAUUUUCAUAUAAUGCUAAGAGAAUGUUUUGAAUCUUUCACAUCUCAGCCUAAAUACCAAAGAAUGAGCAUUUAUGUAUCAGAAUGGGAUUUUUUUUAAUUUUAUAAAACAUCUAAGUAUAUUUCAUUUAAUUUGAAGCAUUUCUUGCCUUUAUUUUUCGUUUUAGAGUAUUUAUCAUUGAAGAAAAAACAAACUUUUUCAUUCACAAUAAACAAAUUGUCACACAUGAAAAUAUGAAUUGAAAAGUUUUAUUCAUCUUUUUCACAAAACAUCACCAGAAAAGUGUACAACUUUACCGAACUUUCGCAGCUCAUUACUGUCAUUAAAAGCUUUCUCAUUGUAGCAUUUAUUCACAUUUUCUAAUAGUACUUGGUGUUGCACUUGAAACUAAACGAUACUGCCAAUCUAAAAUUAGUGACUAGAAUAUGAAGUUCUCAUACCAUGCAUCAGCAAAACAUUUUGCAACAGCAACUUUUGGUAGACGUGAUAUUAGUGACACUCUUUUGCAGUUCACUAUGCAAGAAAUUAGAAUUAUUAAUUGCUAAAGUCAAAAUUUUGACCAAGCAGUGUGCACAAUUACGUAGCAAGUGCAAUAGUACCUUUUUCUGUUAAGAAGAUCUCAAAAUGUGAUUUUUAUAAUUUUCUUAAAUAUCACAAGAGAUAAAUCUUCAAUGACUGUUUGACUAAGUUUUCCCAAAGAACUUAACAGAAUGAGAAAAUAUCAACUAAGAAGCAUACAGAUAUUAUAAAUCGGAAAACCAGAAGACUUCUUAUGUGAAAGAUAACCUAUCAGCCAAACAAAAAAGGUUAUAUUUUCUCUUAACACGAAAUUGAAUAAUUGAAUAGUAUUUCAACACUGAACCUUAAUUUUACAUACAUUUUAGCCUUUUAACCGAAACUUUUUUGAUAUCAAAUUUUUAUAAAAGGAAGACGUGUAUAUUUAAUGUUAACUGGAAAAUAGCAUCAUUUUAAUUUGUUUCAUACAUAUGCAUAAAGCGAAGCUUUAGUGUAUUUUUAGUUUUUGACUGUAAAUAUAUGAAUCUCAUGUACUUUCCAUUUCUGUUCUUAUUUCUGUAAAUUCAUCGUAGUGCACUGCAAAGUUUAUUAAAGGCUUUCAUAUGAAA